CAUUAAAAAGAUCCAUGCGCCGAACACCCUCUAAAAUGCAACUAACUGGCCCUCUUGAUCUCUCGCAUCAGUAGCUUCUGAGAGCCCCCGUCUCUGUCUCUGUCUCUCCGUUUCGCCAACAGAACAGAAUGGCGGCCGCCAUCUCUCGCAGGCUCAGUCCCAAGCUUCUGAAGCCUCAUCACGCUUCGUCUCUCUUCUCAUACUCCUCCGCCUUCUCCAUCUCCCAUAAUCCUCCUCCUCCACCCCCACCCUCCAUCUUUCCCCAAAUUCCUGAUCCAUCUUCCCGACGACCAAUCCCUCCUCAAACCCUCUCAAACUCCAUUUCCAAUCUCUCCAACUUCGCCCAUUCUUCAGCGCCUCUAAAGCCCCCGACAACUUUCCAUCAUUUUCUGAUCAGGUCACACCCGAUCUUUUACAGACAAUUCUCUAGCUCUGCUGAUGGGGAAAACCCGCAAAACUCUAGUCAAAACCCUAGUCCGUACCCCAGCCAAAACCCUGAAUUCAAGAACCAAGAGAUCGAAGGGCCGACCGUGGAGCGGGACUUGUCGGCGCUGGCCAACGAGACCCGAGAAGUGCUCGGAACGAUGAUGAAGACCGUCUAUAGUCUGAGCAAGGCGCUGGCUCUUCUGGGUCUUGUCCAGCUCGGUUUAGGAGCUUGGAUUUCUUACACCACUCGGUCGGCGCCGAUUGCAGAGGCUUCGAUUCAGAGUUUCAUGGCGUUCGGGUUCCCCUUCACGGUAGCCUUCUUACUGCGGCGGUCGCUGAAGCCGAUGCACUUCUUCAAUAAAAUGGAGGAGCUAGGUAGGUUGAAGAUUCUGACCCUAACUCUUCAGAUUGCUAAGAACUUGAAUUUGCUCUUCGUGCGGAUCCGUGGUGUUUCCUACUUGUGCAUUGCAGGAGCUUCAAUUGGGUUGUUGCUUAGUACAUUGUCGAGAUGAUUUUUAAAUGACAAUUGCUUGUUGCUCGCUGACUAAUAUAGUGCUUUUGGUGGGAAUUUUUACAUGUAUGUAUCUCCACAAUAAUGUGAAAGCAUGAUAUUUUGUUUCGGUACUUCUGUUUUUUAUGAUUA